UUCGCGCUAUCGACGAUGAAGGUCUUCAGUCGACCCUCCUUCACCAUCACUGUCCUGCUCCCAGCAGCGUAUGUCGUCGGACGAUUUCAGAUCCUUCCGACGUCCCUCUCGGUUGCUUUCCUAGGCGGCAUGAUCGGCCUGUACAUGUACGCUGCUCGUCUCUACAAGGACCUGCCGGCGAGCGCGACCGUGGAAGAAGACUCUUUCAAUCAGCCGCAGGGCCUCCCCGACGUCGCAUCAGAGUUCAUGCAGAAGCUGCACAAAGAGUUCAAGUCCAAGGUGGAGACGGUGGAGUGGCUCAACGGUGUCAUCCGCCAUGUGUGGCUCCGCUAUCCCCUCAUCCUCUCCGAUGUCAUCAGGACAAGCAUCCUCAACGAAAUCCUCGAGGGCCUUCGGAGGGACUCGGUGCUCCCGGCAGGGCCGAUCAGAGACAUCCUCAUCACUCGCGUCACUCUCCGCGAGUCUUCUCCUUGGAUCAUCGACGUUCAGCUCAAUCCGAUGAGGUCGCUUGAUGAAGUCUGCUUGACCGCGACCGUGAGGUUUGUUUCUGACAAGGACGCUGGCGUUGAGCUCAACAUCAAAGGCCCGAGUAACAUCAUGAUCCCGAUCAAAGUUGAGAACAUCAGUGUCGAGACAAAGCUCUUGAUAAGGUUGCACCUCAAAGAUGAAAUGCCGUUCCUUCGCGUCAUUUGGAUAUCUAUGUUAGAGAAGCCCAACUUGGACUUGAGUAUACUUCCC